GGAACGUCAGUGCGCCUGCGCGCGGGGAGCGCGGUUUAUUUUGUAACGUCCCGGCGAGCUGAGGUAGGGGCGCUGAGGAGGAGGAGGAAGAGGAGGCGGCAGCGCCGGGCCGAUAAUGAAACCCCGCCACACACCUUCCACUAAAAUGGGGGAGACCCCUGGUGGGAGAUCAGCAAAAAACCCUUUUAAGUCUCAACACAAACUGAAACCUUCCAGCAAAAAAAAAGGAACAGAUGGAGAAGGAAGAAAACAAGGUCAAAAAAGACAGCAGGUCACUGAGACAGUGAAAAGGACAGUUAAGAAGCAGAGAGACUGUUCCCCUAGAGGAGAAAAUGUUUCUUCAAAAAAAGUGAAGCUUUCCAGUGCCACAAUAGGAUCUUGGCAGACUCUCUCAGAGAGCAGUAGACAAUUUCUGGAAAGUGCAGUGGAUUCAGCAGUACUAUCUGUGUUGUGCCAACAGAGGAAGGAGAAAGAUGAUGUUCAGAAGCACCUCAAUGUACUGAAAAAAAGGGUGCUGAAAGUUUUCAAGACUGUAAAGGUGCCUCCAGGGAAACUGGACAGCCUGAAGAAUAUCCCAAGCCUUCAAAUGGCAGAGAGACAAAUGCUUGAGGCAAAUGAGGAAUCUUUGGCACAGCUGCAGGAAGAAAUAACUGAAGCUGAGCGAUCAGCAGACCGCAUUGAGGAAACUGUGCAGCAACUGAAGUACAAAAUCCAGCUGCUGAAGAACCAGUUAGAGGAAGAUGAAAAAGAGGCCAGGAAGAUAUUCCAGGAAAAUGGCAGUGGUGCACUCCACCUUCCAGAACUCCCCAAGCACAGUGUGCAGGCACCUACUUUGCAGGAAGAAAUUUUGAAGACAAAGAAUCAGAAAGGUCUGUUAAAGGAUUUGAACACUAUUCAACAGUCAACUGACUUGAAGAACUUGUUAACCCUCAUUGAAAAGACCUAUGAGAAGGUGGACUUGCUUUGAGAAGAUGAAAUGUGUGGAGUCUCCUUUGGAGGAGAUAAUGUCGACCAGCACUCUGUGUUAAUGUAGAGCAGCAGGAUGCUCAGCAUGGAAACUGUUUUCUUUCUAAUGGCUUUGCUGUUGUGACUGCUGAAUUUCCCUUAAAACAUUUUCUAUGAAUAUUGGUAUAUAAAUCUGUAGAUACAUUCUGGGAC